AUGGGUAGCGAUGGGCUGAAGAAGUUCACGGCAUUCCUGUCUGGACUGGCCUUGUACCAGCUCCCUCAUAUAGCAUUCUCUGCUAGCAGGUACACGCUGGUGAGGUUCCAGGUUCCAUCGGUAUACGUGGGUCUCUUUAUCAACAGGAUGAUUAUCGCAUUCAGGAUCUUUACUCUCAUCACCGUUGGACUUGCAACAGUCUAUGAUCAAUGUAAAUGGCCAGGAAUUAUACCAGUAGGAAAGGCAAGUGUUAUAUUCCUAGCAGCAUCAUUGACAUCCAUACUCUUUGUCUACUGCGUUGGAGGGGAACAGGGCUAUCUCACCCUCUACUACUGGACUAUUUGUAUCUCUUCUCUGGUACUUGGAGCCUGCUUUGUUUUUGUGGUAAAGAUCGUGUCGAGUGAGAUUGUAUACCUUAUGGCUGCUUUGCCCAUAACUGGUAUCAUAGUAUCGUCAUAUCACCUUGCCUUCUUGAUGAUCACCAACUACAUUACAGUCUCUGACAUUCCAUUCUGGAUCGUCUUUUGGCAGAUUAUCAUUGGGAUCACAAUAGUUAGUUUGACUGUUGUCAUGCUUUACGCAUCCUAUGGUGAUAAGCCAACUGUAAGAGGCUAUGAAAACCUGUGGGAAGCAGUAACUGGACUUAUCAAGCUUGGACUAGAUAUAACAGGUAAAACGCUUGAACUGGCUGGAAAGGUUUUUUGUGGUAGUAACACUAGUUGCAGUUGCGGUACUGGUGGAUGUGAUGGUCAGAACGAUAACUUCAUGACAGCCCUGGGAAAAGCUUGGUCGCCUCUUUUGCUGGUAGCUUUGGGUUAUGGUAUUCACAACGCCUUUUAUCCUUCUGUUGCCCCUUAUAAACUUACCAGAAUGACAGAGGGCUAUAACAUAGAAUUGACUGUUUUAUUCACCAGUGCUAUACCGCCAUUGAUUAUCAUAGUCUUGAAGGAGAGGGGUAUGGGUCCAAACAAACCAUGGAAUACUUCUGGAUGGCACUGGUCUUGGCUAUUUUUCUUAUGCCAAAUUCUCUGUGCAGUGAUAUUCCUUUGGUGCCUUCAUUUCCCAUGGUGGGCUAUAUCAAAAGCGGUAAAGGGUAGCACGGUACUCUUAGGUUUUCUCACCGUUACAUAUGAUUUUUGUGCUCAGUGUACCAGAAAUAUUGGAACGAGCGGAGCUUCUGUGCAAGGUUGUAAAGAGAAUUCAAGCAUGGGUACAUUAAACCUGUUCUUUUGUUCUGUCACACAAGUCAUCUUUGCGUUUCUAGGAGAUGGUUAUCUCAGAGCCUACUCCAGUGGAGAGAUGGAUAGAGACAAUUGGCCCACCAAACACUAUGGUAACUUUAGGGCAUUACGAUAUUGGAUUUGGACAGCCACCAAAAUUUCAUUUGGCAAUAUAGGAACUGCCUUUACCAGUGAUGUUAGAGGAGCAAUUCAGACCAAGAAGGAUUUUCUCUAUAUUUUAUAUACUGAUGAUACUGAUAAUAGUAGAAAACCUCCUAAGACGAAAGAUCCUAAGGUCAUGAAGAUAGUUCACGGUAUUUAA